AAAACUCAUGAUGCAUGGAUGCGGAUAAGCUCAGUGAUGGAAAUCCCAGUGGAUGAAUUGAGAAAGAAAAAGAUUCUUUAAUGUCAAGUUAUAGGAGUUAUAAGAACAAAGUCAAAAAGUCUAUUCAAUCGGGAGCUGGUGCCGAUGAUAUAUAUCAGCCUAUUUGGUUCGCUUAUGAAACUAUGGAUGAGUUUUUGGGAGGUACCCUCAAGUGUAAAAAUAAUGUUGACACGGAACGCGGGUUGGAGGAGACUCAAGGAGCAAAUUCCGAACCAACUGAAGAGAUACUUGAAGAGACGAAUGAAAAUCAAAGUCAGUCUAUGGACACCCAAAGAGAUGGCAAUCAGACAAUCCGCCGACGCCAAAACCCUUCGGAGCUGAUUCAUGCUGGAAAUAUUGUUAAAGAUGCUCUUGCCACAUUCAAAUCCGCGCUAAACAGAAAUGAAUCAUCAACCCAUCUUAGCGAUGAUUGCGAUUUAUAUGGCAAAUUAUUGGCAAAUAAGUUGCGAAAGCUAUCUGAAAUUAAUAGAUUAAAGUUUAUGCACGACAUUGACGGCAUGUACCUACGAUACCAAUUGGAGGAGACGCCCUCCCUGCAAACUCCAUCGCCAACAUAUCCCAGCAUCGCCCACAACUUUAAUGAAUCAAGGCCUGGCACAUCAUCAUCUACGUAUUCAGAGCCUACCAAUCGCAGGUGA